CUGACAUUUACGUAGUGCGCCCGGUGCUGCCGCGUAGACGCGCGUUCACUCCGCGAUACUGCGCGAAAAUAAAUUCGUUCGCUAUUUAAAAAUAUAUUCUUAAUUUGAAAAGAAGAGUGCUUUAUUUUUUUUUUCUGUGUGCCCAGUUUUUAAAAAGGAAUUUGUGCGUCGGCCGCCAGGGGUCGCUCUCCCGGGACCGCUUCAACGUCAAGUUCACGGGCGGCGGGUGCAUUCCCGUUCGAUAAUGAGUUUUGACAGACACAGUUGAAGUGAUUAUUUUUGUUUUUUUUUUUUUUGGCAAAGGAAUAAAUAAAGAACUUGCGCAAGUGUUAUUUCGAAGUGUAUUAGUAUCGGACAUCCAUAAGCAGGUGACCCAAAUGUGGCUGUUUUAUGAUACGCACUCACACCGAGCAACAUGAGUUUGAUGGCGAUAAUCAAAUUUGGUUACGCCUUAGUGGUGGUAACACUGCUGUUGAUGAUAUGGGCUUCCCUAUCAAGAGCGAUAGAACUGCACGUAGAUACAGGCCAUCCGCCAUGUCUAUUCCAAGCGUUAUGCACCUGCUCGAAACCAGCUGGCGACCUGGGCAUCGUGACCUGCAACCACGUCCCGAUCCUCAGGGUGCCCGCUACCAUUAACAGCUCCAAGGUCUUCAUGCUGCAGCUCACUGGAAACAAGAUUAGGGAUUUGGAACCACAGUUCUUUCAAGCGACAAGUCUCUACAAGCUGGCCAUAAACCAAAAUCCCCUGGAGAGCGUACAUGAGGAAGCAUUCUACGGGCUAGACAACACGUUGUGGGAGCUAGAACUCCGGGGAGACAAAUUAACAUCUGUGCCGAGCAGAGCCCUAAGAUACCUCCAGAAACUACGGCUGCUGGAUUUGACAGGAAAUGAAAUAACAGAUAUAUCUGGUGAUAAUUGGCGAGGAUUAGAGAAUACGCUACAAACGUUAAUUCUGGCGGAUAAUUCCAUAGCGAACCUUCCACUCGAUGCGUUCAGUGGUCUGCCGAUGCUGGAAACAUUGGAUUUGCACGGAAACCACUUAUCUGUUAUUGACAGUGGCGUAUUUCGAGAUGGCAUGAGCAGAUUGAAUAGGCUUCUGCUAGGAGACAACCAGCUGUCUUAUAUUCCUUACGAGGAACUAUCCCCACUUAGGCAGUUAAGGUUCCUGGAUUUAUCUAAUAACGUCAUCAAGCAAGUGCCACCGGUGCACGAUCUAAAUGGCGUGCGGCUCUCACUUGAUUCUUUAAAAUUAGACAACAACAUGAUUAGGAUUCUUUACCCGGGUUCCUUCAAAUACUUCAAUGUACUCAACUCAACUACGAUGGACGGGAAUCCCAUAUUCGAACUAAAGGAAGACGCAUUCCGCAACGCGAAGAUAAAGUCCCUCUCGUUACGCGACUGUUCGAUAUCUGAGCUGUCGCCGGCAGCCUUCGCCGGACUCGAGAACAGUUUACAGAACCUCGAUCUCUCUGAGAACAACCUUACGAUGAUCUCCAAGUUCAUUCUGAACAAGCUUGACUCUCUGCGGUUCCUGAAUCUUAGGGAGAACAAGGUGGACAUAAAUUUACUGACGUCCACUACACCAUCAGAUUUCUCACCGGCUUCCUUCAACAAUUUCCAAUACAAACUUUUCUAUUUGGAUAUAAGCGGUGCGAACUCUAUUGAAAUGACCCUUCAAGAUGUUAGGAGAAUGAGAUCUCUACGAUAUUUGUCAAUUGGUAAACUGCUACGACAAAGUAUAAAGACAGAAGAUUUCCUUGACUUCGGCAUGGAGCUGGAAGACCUGAAGAUCUUCGGAAGCACCGUCAACAGGAUAGAGGCCAGCGCGUUCCAACAUGUCAGAACCAUCAAGACGUUGGACCUUUCAGAGAACAACAUAGAAUUCAUCGAUCCGUUUGCUUUUGCUGAGCUUCACAGCCUAACAACCCUGAAAAUGGCGAACGGUCUCGCUGACUCAGUAAAAAUUCUGCCCUUCGAACCAUUAAAGGCUUUGAUCGAACUACAAUACUUGGACCUCAGUAACAAUAAACUAAAGAAUGUUCCAGACACAUCGUUCCAUUUUCUGUUCAAAUUGAAGACAUUGAAUUUGGAGGACAACGCUAUUGAUCAUUUCUCAAAAGGAACUUUGCAGGGUGACAUCCAUGGAAAAUUGGAAAGCAUAUGCCUAUCUUUAAAUCAAAUGAAACAAAUAGUUCAACACACGUUUGUAGAACUAAAAGAUCUAGAAGAAAUACUCAUAGAAGAUAACUUGAUAGAAAUCAUACAAAGAAGAGCAUUCACCAGUCUGGAUAAUUUGAAAAUCAUCAAACUGAGAGGCAACAGGAUCAAUGAGAUAUCUGAAGAGGCAUUUCAGAAUAUACCAGCACUUAAAGAACUCGACAUAUCCUUCAAUCGUUUGGAAACGUUUAAAUUUUCGAUAUUCGAUCAAGUUGGAUCAGCGACUGCGUUGAAAGUAAACGCUUCAUACAACAGAAUUACUUCACUGACGGAUUCCAAUGCUCCGAGCUUCUUUUCUUCGAAUUUCUAUCCGCCACCUAAAGCUCAAACAGAUGCUCUUAAUGGUACAAAGCAAGCGGUUCCUUUGGUGCAAGAUGUUAACAAUACUUCCGAUAACCAAAGCCUGGUAGUACAAGGCUUCGUUUCAGACUUUAAGGAUGACUUUCGGUCAAUGCGAGGUCUCGGUACAGUUUCGGUGAACAUAAGAGUUUUGGAUUUCUCUCAUAACAAUAUAUCGUACAUAGCGCCUUAUUACUUCAGGCAUGCUGAUCUAACGCUAUCCGAGCUUCAUCUGUCCCACAACAGGAUCAGAAAUAUUACCCGAGAAGUGUUCGGCUCUAUGCUCAUGCUACAGUAUCUGGAUUUGUCUCAUAACCAAAUAUUCCAUAUGGAAUACGAUUGCUUCAAGAAAGUUAAGAAUUUACAGAUUAUAAAUCUGUCCCACAACCACCUCAUGGAGCUGCCGAUAGAAAUAUUCCACGACAUGCAGUCCCUCACGUCAGUGGAUCUUUCUGACAAUCGAAUCAAAAACUUUGCAGACAGUGUGAUAUUGUCACCAUCUUUAGAGAGAUUGGAUCUAUCAGACAACGAUUUAUCAAGGGUCCCCACCAACUGUCUCUCCCCACCAGCGGCUGCUAACCUGGUCGAGUUGGACCUCAGCGGGAACACUAUACCAGCCGUCUCCAUGUCGGACUUCGUGCAGCGGUUCAGGAACCCCGAGCAGGGCGAGUACUGGCCCGAGGAGCCCGACUACAGCGACGAGUAUAUGUACCACACGGUUAGGCGGGACCACACCAGAGUGUUCCAUCAAAAAAAACAAUACCCGCAGAACAUACUUUACAAGUCGUUGGCUUGGUUGGAUUUAUCGGAUAAUCACCUGGUCCGCAUAGAAAGUGGUGCAUUCUCGGCAUUGCCGAAGCUCCGUUGGCUGGACCUCAGUAACAAUUCACCCUUCAACACGGGUGAACGGGGUAACAACAUCUUUAAAGGCUUGGAGAGAAGAUUAUCUCACUUAGGCCUAAAGAACGUCAGCUUGGUAUUCGUACCAUCGAUGCUGUUAUCAAAACUAAAGAGCCUUGAUCUGUCUUACAAUAAUUUACCAACAAUACCUCCAGACACGACGGCAAAUUUAACCAGACUUAGAGCUUUGGACCUCUCUUACAACGAUCUGACUACUGUUCCUGUUGCAACGCAUUCACUAACUGAACUUCGAUGGCUGUCACUCUCCGGCAAUCCAAUCACAGCUCUCAUGAACACGAGUCUGUACGGAGUGUCGCCGCGCUUGGAGUAUCUUGAUGUAACUCGCCUACGACUCCGGAUUUUUGAGCACGGAGUCUUCAGCAAAAUGUAUGCAUUACGGACAUUGAAAAUCUCAUCUUACUCCAACGUGAGAGAGUUCAAUGUACCUAGAAUGGUGACAUACAACACCGGCUUAGAAAACAUUUUGGUAGAAGUGGAUGAAUCUAGUACAGAGUUUGGAAAAGAGAUGUACGGUGCUCUGCCUACAAAGCUUAACAAUGUUACCAUUACGGGAAGGAAUUUGAAGUACCUCACUCAAUAUUUGAUCAGCGGUGUGCAAGCGAAAAACCUUCGGUUAACGAUCUACAACACAAGCGUGGAAGAGAUUGCUAGCGAGGUGUUCUGGAGACCAGGUCGGGUGAGGAACUUGACCUUGGACCUGAGGAACAACUACAUCAUGAGGGUGCCCAACCCCAGCCAGAAGGGAUGGCCUGGGGUACCCAACUCUAUAUUCUUGAAGGAUAUUUAUGUUGCUGGAAACCCAUUGAUCUGUGAUUGUGGGGUCGGAUGGAUAGAAGCCUGGGAUCGGAAGCGAAGACAGUACCUCUGCGAGAGCCCUCUAACAUGUAUAGCAACAAGAGAUGACGUCAGAUUCGCGACGUGUCCAUCUUACGACAACAGGACUUUGGUUGAUGUCCUGUCAAGAGACUUGGACUGUGACUGGAACAAAGGAUUUUUAUUAUCGCCAAACACAUUGAUCAUGAUAGGCAUGUCGAUACUGACCGUGCUUUACAUUUGAGGACUGUUUUGGCUACUUGGGGUAUACGAAGAGUUCCACCGAAUUUUGGCAAGGAUCUACGGAAUAUAAGGCCUUUACUCGAGAAAUAAACUAAAUAAAACAGACCAAAGGAUAAAUGUAUUACAGAAUAGGAUUCUGAUUAAUUAUGUCUUUUAACUUCUUAUAAGAGAAUAUAAUUCUAACAGCGGGACGUUUCCAAGAAGAUUUUUAACUAUAUCACAAAAUAUGUACAUAUAUAAAACAGUUGCUUCGUUAAAAAAUCUUCUUGGUUUAAAGCUGUCAACCAGAAGAGUGAGAUGAUCUUUUGUCAAAACAUUGAGUUUUUCACUGUACCUGUUAAGUGGCCUAUAGACUUUCUUGAUCCUGAUUAGCCGACCAUGUUUAAUGUUAGUGAUAAUGAGAUUGGUUGAAACACAAGUGAAGGUAUAUAAGUUGAUGUUGACGAUGGUGAGGAACAAGUGACUUUUGUAUAUUUAAGUGAUCGCUAUAGAAAUCUAGUGAAGCCUAAACAAAAUGUGAUUUAAUGUUAAAAUCAAUAUGGAAAGCGAACGUGAUCUCAAGGGAUUGAAUCUACGUAAAACAGUUUGAUUUGUUUUAUUUACGUUGUUCAUUGCCCCGUUAUGUUUUCACAAAUGCCGCUCAUUUCGUGCACUGCCUUGCAAAACGAAUUUUCUGUGAAAUGUCCAGACGUUUGUCUAAAUUUGAUGAGUGUUCGCCAGUUUUGCGUGAUCUACUAAUUUUACAACGGAUGUGUGGAAGUGCACUUAAUGUGUUUAGACGUUGCAUUUAGGUCGUUUUGUAAGAUUCACACUAAAGCAAUGACUUAAUUAUUAUCGUCUAAGUAGACUGCAUUCGUUCGAAUGAUAUGUGUUCGUCCAUUAUUAAGAUUUAUAACAUUAUUUAUAGGUGUAUCCUUUUUUGUAUUAGUCUAGAAUAGAUUUAGACUAACGAGAUCAUUAAUUUUUUCUUUAAUAUUAUCGACGUCAAUAUUUCUCUGUAUCAUAGAUCUAUCGUUGUAGAUUAUAUUCGAAUUUUUUAUCAAAUCUUUGUACAAAUGUCGAGUACACUUAUCAUUCAUAGACAUCUAUAUAUUCAGAGUACUAUCAAUAAAGAAGCUUACUAUAACUAUUUACUCUCAACCUUUUUCAUUGUUUAGCUGUUUACAAAGUCUAUCUGGUUAACUUGUUGGAUAAAAAUAUUUUAUUACAUAUUAUAUGUGUCUGUAGAUGUUAUAUAUAAGCAUGCUGUAAUAUAUGUCAUUGUACAUGAUAUAGGAAUUUAUCGACUGAAAAUAAGUAUUUCGGGAGUUAUAUCGCUGGUCAUAGUUUAAGGGGAUGUUGGUGUAAGUAUAUUUUGUUCUCGUCUCAUCGCAUUGCUACGUUAUAUUUCUGUAGAGUAUGCUGAUAGAUGUUUGUUUGACGGCCAUCAUAUAGCUUACGCCGUUGCGUGAUUUCAAUCGAAUACCUCUUCUUCAGCGGUCCAGUGUCACGGCUACUCGUUCACUUUUGUUUUCAAUGCCAUUAUGACUCAGUUGAUUUAUUUUUAUCACACUCAUCUAUUUCUAUUUGUAUAAUUUUGGUGUUGAAAACAAAGUUGUCGUUGUAACAAUGAAUAUAUUUUGUGAUAUAUAUUAUUCUAAUCCUUCUAUUUUUGAUAAAGCCUACAUGGGUAUAGCUGAAACGGGAAUUGUAUAGCUGAAAUAAAUCAUUCAUAUUCUGUAAAUGUUGCUUGAAAUCGUAGCGUUCAGAUAUGCAACGUCAAUUGUUAAAUUUGAAUCAUUAGUAAGUUUCCGAUAGACGCGUGUUCGAUAUACAUUUCCUCUACUAUAGAACUGUGAUCCACGAUGUAAGUAAGUUUUUUGAAUCGUAUUGUAGAAGCAAAAGAGUGAAAGUCUGUCUGAGAUAUGGAAGGGCUAGGGUAAACCUGCAAUUGGAUAACAAAGUCAAGUUUGUGGAAGAAAUUUUUAUUUUUCAUAGAUGCACACCCAUCUUGCAUAUCACAGACAAUGAUUUCGUAUCAUUUAAGAUACAAAGUACCGAAUAUAAAGUUCAAAACUAAAAUGUUAAUGCCUUGUUUAUUUCUAAGGACGCUUUCUCUAGAAUAGAACCCCGAACUUCUGCUUUGCUUUCUUCUCUUAAUUUGUGUGUAUUUUAAAUAUAAAAAAUAUAAAGUAUAAAACAAAUUUUCAAUUACUCCUCUGCAAGGUCCCAUUGUGAUAGUAAUAGUUAGUGCCAAUAUUACAAUCAUAGUUUCGUAGGUUACAAUCGAAGUAAGGAAAGUUGCGAAUAUUUUUCUCAUUGGAAAUAUACCUGAUUCAUCUUUUACUCUAAAUGUAAAUAUAUCCUUUAUAUUUUAAGCUAACUAUAGUUUAGUUUUACUAAUAAUUCAUGUUCAUUGACGUAUCAUUUAAUAUUGCAGCAAAA